AUGGAGGGGCGUCUGCUGGACAUCCUCGCCGACUGCUCCCCAGACAGCAACUUGCCGCUGGCCGACGGCGUGCUGGGCUUCAUCCAGCACCAGCUAGUGGAGCUGGCCAGAGACUGCCUAGACAAGUCCCAGAUGGGCCUGGUCACCUCACGCUACUUCAUAGAGCUACAGGAGAACCUGGAGAAGCUACUGCAUGAGGUAGGCUGCAUUUCUUGGAUGAGUAAGCUAAAGUAUAAUGCAGUUUAUACAGUAUGCACAAGGCAGGCUCUCUCAUAGAAAUAGAUGUACUUGAGUGUUCUCAGGGAUGGAACUUUUAGGCACUGUCAAAUUGCUGUGGUCUGAGGAGCUUUGCCAUUUCUAGUAAUUAUAUUUCUAUUAGCUCUCUACUGAAUGAGUCAGCUAAAAGUGUACGUAUGUUCAAUUAAAAAAUGCAACAGGGAGGGACUUGGCCACGGUCAGAUUCAGGGUGUUUUCCCUCCUCCGUGAUAGGUUUGUAGAGGAAAGUAUUGCUGCGUGUCAGGAUGCCCCCCGACUGAGUCAGAUUUAGUGGUUUAAGUUUUUUCCCCAAGAUACUGCAUCUUGCUAAAUCACUACUGCUUUUGAUGUAUUUACACUAACAGGUUACUGAGAUGUCACUGGUAUCCCACCCUCCCAUUUGUGAAUGCUUUAUUAGCCAAGGUUCACUGGCUCACGUCACAUGACACGUGAGACACAAAAUAAACAUCACUUCAAACCAAAUGUUUUCUGCAUUGUUUCCUGCAGUAUUUGUCUUCUUUUUUUUAGAUAAAUGUUUUGCAUUGAUCGCACUUUCGAAAGCCUUGAAUGUCCUCAGUGUUGUAUUUUUGUACUGUAUUGGACUUGGACGUUUGAUAGGUUCUCACAGUGCUAGGAUUCUAAUCUAGACUAUUAGUCGGCGCCGGUGCAAUUGCCAUUUUACAUUAAAUGGAUCUCUCCAGUCUUGCUUGUGAUUGCAUAACUAGGGCUUAUUGCGUAACUUUCCAUAGGACCAAUGCUUGACCAUUGCUCUCCAUAAAAUGGCUUGCCUUCAUGUUCUGCUUUGUUAGAGCUUUUUGGCAGAGUUUUUCCCUGUAGUUAAUGUAAACUAGGAAAGUAUGGUCAUUCGUUUUUUCAAAUAUAGGACGCAUCUCAGAGUUUUUAAGAACAUUGAGUCCUCUUAUAACGGGUCAGUUUUUGUCCGAAGAUGUGCUCUUUCCUAAAAAAGGACCACAGCCAAGACAGAAUUACAGUAUUAUGCAACCUUGUCAUUGUACGUACACUUUGUUGUGCCCUCGCAGGAUCCUCACUACUCCCUGAUCCCCUAUCACAAUCACUUUGUCAAAGCAUUGAGUUAGUAGAACAUUGUAAAUUGGACUUUUCAAAAAGUUAAUUCUCACGCCUGGAUACUCAGGCUUAAAAAUGCUGCAAUAUAAUUGCAAUGGAUAUUUUAAGUAACAUUUUGUAAGUUACGCUUACACGAUUGCAGCAGUAUAAGGCUCCAUUAUAGACAAACCAAGUACUAACAGAUUACUAAUGAGAAGCCAUUCAAAUAACUCUCUUUGACCCUAAUCUUUGCAUAAGUGACAACAGUCACUCAUUAUUGUGUUGUGGAAGAGCCAAUGUAUCACAAGGGAAUGUUUUGAAGCCAAUGUUUCAUACCAAUCACCGCCCUGUCAUGAUUAACUAUGGCAUAUAUCAGGCAUAUAACGUGUCUCUAUCUAUCUGUAUUGUUUUUGUCUUGGUCAUCAGGCGUACGAGAGGUCCGAGAGCGAGGAGGUGACCGUCAUCAUCAAGCUGGUGAAGAAGAUUCUCAUCGUCAUCUCCAGGCCAGCCAGGUUACUGGAAUGUCUGGUAGGAUUCACACACUCAUCUCCAGGCCAGCCAGGUUACUGGAAUGGAAUGUCUGGUAGGAUUCACACACUCAUCUCCAGGCCAGCCAGGUUACGGAAUGUCUGGUAGGAUUCACACACUCAUCUCCAGGCCAGCCAGGUUACUGGAAUGUCUGGUAGGAUUCACACACUCAUCUCCAGGCCAGCCAGGUUACUGGAAUGUCUGGUAGGAUUCACACACUCAUCUCCAGGCCAGCCUGGUUACUGGAAUGUCUGGUAGGAUUCACACACUCAUCUCCAGGCCAGCCUGGUUACUGGAAUGUCUGGUAGGAUUCACACACUCAUCUCCAGGCCAGCCAGGUUACUGGAAUGUCUGGUAGGAUUCACACACUCAUCUCCAGGCCAGCCAGGUUACUGGAAUGUCUGGUAGGAUUCACACACUCAUCUCCAGGCCAGCCAGGUUACUGGAAUGUCUGGUAGGAUUCACACACUCAUCUCCAGGCCAGCCAGGUUACUGGAAUGUCUGGUAGGAUUCACACACUCAUCUCCAGGCCAGCCAGGUUACUGGAAUGUCUGGUAGGAUUCACACACUCAUCUCCAGGCCAGCCAGGUUACUGGAAUGUCUGGUAGGAUCACACACUCAUCUCCAGGCCAGCCAGGUUACUGGAAUGUCUGGUAGGAUUCACACACUCAUCUCCAGGCCAGCCAGGUUACUGGAAUGUCUGGUAGGAUUCACACACUCAUUAUUUAUUUUCCUCUUCUCCUUUUCAGGAAGUUGUGCUCCCUAAAGCAAUUGCCAACCAACACAACUAAUAUGAUACAGUAUGGCCAUGAUGCCUUUUGCCCAGCCUCUAUGAUGUCGUUAAUUAUUUUUCAUAGGUUAAGUACACUGAGGUAGUGUUAAGUACUCCACCACUGAAUAUACUUGAUAUCUUGUUACAGGGUUAUAACACUGUAAUAACCCUGGUAUACAUAUACCUAUCUAUGUAAUGUCAAUUAUAAUAAUAACCAAUAUUCCUAUUGGCUUUUCACCCCAAUAGGAGUUUGACCCGGAGGAGUUCCUUCACCGUCUGGAGGCAGCGGAGGGCCACGCCAAGGUGGGCCAGGUCAUCAAGACAGACAUCCCCCGCUACAUUAUCAGCCAGCUGGGUCUCACCAGAGACCCUCUGGAAGGUACAGUACUACAGGGUUCCUCAUCCUGACUGGGAAAAUAUGCUUUCUUAAUGAAACACCAUUUCCCACCUAGGAAUGCUAGUCCCGGAUGUUGCGUAUCGCAGGGCGCAACAUUAGGAAGUAGCAUUAGCUACUAGCAUGGUGGUGGAAAAUGGUGUUUCAUAAUGAAAGUACGCAUAUUUUCCCUGUUUUUCCCCCCCCUUCUCACUAUUAAAUCUAGUUAAGGAGGAAAUCGACGCCUUUGCAGCCUGAAUGGAGAAUGUUUUAGGUACAAACCGGUCCACGGGGGAUACAAGUGUAUUGCCAGCUACAUACAAUGCGUUUGGACAGUAAAAUGAAACCAUCAAUACCAGAUCAAUAUCGCCAUCUGCCAGCCUUUUGGCUAUUUCUGUUGUUCAUCCUGGUACAUUCCAGGGUUGACUUCACCUUAAGUUUCCCUAUGCUCAGUUCCAAACCAACCACUAUCUCUUAAGUUGAAGCACUAUAGGUUUAGUUGGAAACCUGGCCAAGCAGCUACCUGUUGAAAAGAUGCUGUUACUUAGUGAUUCUCCCAUAGUGUCUCUGACUAUAAUAUGCAAUAGAUCAACUUGGGAUCGCACUGAGUUGAAGAGGGGUGAGAGUCCAUGGGUCAUGUUCAUUAAGGCACGCAACAUAAACGUUUGAAUGUUUUUUGCUACAGAAAAUGAAAAUGAGUGUCACGUAUUGUCCAGGUAGUCUCUCCCUGUUUCAGUGUGUUUUCUUCCGUUUGGUGCCUGACCAUGGUCUCUCUCCCGCUGUUGUACUGUAGACAUGGUCCUUCUGGAGCAGACCAGCCCUGGGCAUGGAGCGGCCUGCAGAGACGCUGACGACACUGGGGAGGUAAGGCAACCAGAAACAGUUACAACAAGUUCGGCCCCAUGAUGGUUAGAUCAUAGUGAUGUAAAGCAUUGUAUUAGCAUAGUGUAGCAAGUACUGUGUAGGCCUAUAGCAUGAACUAGCAUGUUCUAGAAUUUAGUUUGCUUGGCUUUGGAUGAGAUGCAUAGAACAAAGUAACGAAAGCUCUUUUAAAAGUAACACGUACUACGGCAGUUACACGGCUUGCUUAGCCGCUUCGAUCUGGCAAAUGUUUUGUGUUCGGGACAAAUAGCUUUGUUCAUCAAUUUUGUGUCUCAGAACCGGACAGCCUGCACUCCUUCUCGCAGGAAACCGCUAGAGAGCGACUUUGAGACCAUCAAGCUCAUCAGCAAUGGGGCCUAUGGGUGAGGAAGAGCUCUUCAUUUAGAGCGGUCUCUGUCUUUGAGGAAAUCUGAGUGCUGAACGCAGAAGUGAAACUGAAAGUGGAUGACUUGAAUGUGUGUGGUGCCAUACAGUUGGCUAAACAAAUGCCACACCAAUGUUUAUGACACACUUCCCAAAUGCCUGUUCAAAUAUGUUGUUAGUGCUGUGAGGACCUAUUACGUACACCUGUCCAAUCGUCUCAGAUCUCCACAGUGCCUGGGGGUAGGGACUAGGGGUUGUUUCUGGACAGAGCUUGUGUCUUACUAGUCUUCUAGAAGACUGCUUCCUCUCUUUCAUCUGCACUGAUCUGAAAACAAAAUAUGGCAAAAGCAAUAUGAUAGAUGCUUACUGAUCAUGCUCACUGAUCAUGCUCACUGAUCAUGCUCUCUCACAUCAGUGCAGAAGAGGUAACUUAGGGCUGUUAUUAAGAAGCAACCAAUAACUGUCUCUCUCUCUCUCUCGCUCCCCUUUUCCAUGGUCCCAGUGCUGUGUUCCUGGUGAGGCACAGGGAGACCCGGCAGCGUUUCGCCAUGAAGAAGAUCAACCGGCAGAAUCUGAUGCUGAGGAACCAGAUCCAGCAGGUGUUUGUGGAGCGGGACAUCCUGACCUUCGCUGAGAACCCCUUCGUGGUCUCCAUGUUCUGCUCCUUCGAGACGAGACGACACCUCUGCAUGGUCAUGGAGUAUGUAGAAGGUAGGUUCUUAAUGAAGAUAUAUAUACCCGUGCAGACUCACACAGACAUAUAAUGUAUAUGGAAAGUAGGAUCCACUGGAAUGAUAUACAAGAUACACACUGUCACACUCACUCACAAACACAUACACACACACACACACACACUGAUUUGAAGCCCAAGGCAGAGAUUUAGUUGAAUCGGUUGUCAGAUAAUAAAGUUAUAUUGUAGCGGGUGUAACUUUGCUGCCUUGCAGUUCAAAUUCAAGUCGCAGCAGCAAACAAAUCAAAGUAGGCUCUCAUGGUUGUUGCUGCCAACCUGUUGACAUGCCGUCUUCCUCCUCAGGUGGAGACUGUGCCAGCCUGUUGACAUGCCAUCUUCCUCCUCAGGUGGAGACUGUGCCAGCCUGUUGACAUGCCGUCUUCCUCCUCAGGUGGAGACUGUGCCAGCCUGUUGACAUGCCAUCUUCCUCCUCAGGUGGAGACUGUGCCAACCUGUUGACAUGCCGUCUUCCUCCUCAGGUGGAGACUGUGCCAGCCUGUUGACAUGCCGUCUUCCUCCUCAGGUGGAGACUGUGCCAACCUGUUGACAUGCCGUCUAUCCUCCUCAGGUGGAGACUGUGCCAGCCCGUUGACAUUUCCGUCUUCCUCCUCGGUGGAGACUGUGCCAGCUGUUGACAUGCCAUCUUCCUCCAGGUGGAGACUGUGCCAGCCUGUUGACAUUUCCAUCUUCCUCCUCAGGUGGAGACUGGGAGCGGUUGUGCAUGCCGUUCUUCUCACAGUGAGACUGUGCCAGCCUUUACAUGCCAAUUCCUAGUGGUGGGGGACUGUGCCAGCUGUUGACAUGCCGUCAUUCUCUCAAGGUUGGUGAUUUUCAUUGCCAGCCUGUUGGAGCAUGGGCUCUUCCUCAUGGGGUGGAGGACUGUGCCAAGCCUGUUGGGUAUUGCCAUUUUUCCUCCUCAGGAGUGAGACUGUGCCAACCUGUUGACAUGCCGUCUUCCUCCAGGUAGAGACUGUGACAGCCUGUUGACAUGCCAUCUUCUCCUCAGGUGGAGAAUGUGCCAGCUGUUGAAUGCGAUUCUCUCAGGUUGGAGACUGGUUGCCACAUGUGACAUCCAUUUUCUCCUAGGGUGUGGUGGACUGUGCACCUGUUGACAUUGCCAGUCUUCCUCCUCAGGUGGGAGGACUGUUGCCAGCCCUGUGACAUGCUCGACUAUUUCCUCCUCAGGGAGAAGACGGCCAACCUGUUGACAUGACAUCAUCUCCAUGGGGGGAACUGUGCAGAUGUUUGACAUGCCCUCUUCCUACCCCAGGUGGGAGACUGUGCCAGCCUGUUGACAUGCGUUUUUCUCCUCAGGUGGGGGGACUGUGCAACCUGUUGGACAUGCCGUCUUCCUCCUCAGGUGGGGACUGUGCCAGCCCUUUGAAUGCCGUCUUCCUCCUCAGGUGGGGACGGGCAAUGUUGGAAAAAUUGGGCCGGUGACUGCAGACCCGAGACUUGGGGAGAGUCUUUGGCAGGAGUAUACAAAAAUAGGGGCAGGACACGGCCUGAACCUGACAGUUGUGGGAACCUACAUGCCGGUUUACUGCUUUAUAUAUACAGUGUGGCCCGUGGACAAGGGAUUCGCAUUUAUGACGGGGUUUUCAAACUAGGGCUUUUUUUGGACCGUUAAGUGGAGAGUAAGGGCUUUCGUAGGGCAUGACUGGAGGAAUAGGUGGCAUGGGACAAAUAACAACAUGGUUUAAUGUUUCCCGGGUUUGAUUCUUCUAAGUUAGAUUUAUGAGGUCUCCCCCGACCUCAUGGUUCCGGGUUAUUUUUCGAACUAGGCUUGUAUUAUUUUUAAUAAGCUAUAUUUUUCAAGUGGAUUUGGAGUGGUAAAAGACGAAAAGGAAGGAGGGGGCUUUGUUUAGGUGUAAAGUCCGGAGCCUAAUUCUGGACGUUCUUUGAAAGGGUUUUCGGCAGUCACAUCCAGCAUUCUGUUUGUUCGAUGGUAAAUUAUUUUGAAUGUAUUUUUCUUCCUGCUUAGUUUGCUGAUCACAUCCAUGGGCCACAUCAAGCUGACUGACUUUGGCCUGUCCAAGAUCGGCCUGAUGAACAUGACCACCAACCUGUAUGAGGGACACAUUGAGAAGGACACAAGGGAGUUUAUAGACAAGCAGGUGAGCUCUCCAUCUCUCUCUGUCCUCUCUCUCUUCAUUUUUGCCUGAAUUUUUUCUUUUUCUCUCACUUUUGUUUCUUAUAUUAUUUUUCCUUGAUCAGAUCUUCUCCAUCUCUCUCUCUCUCUCUCUCUCCUCAUUCUGUUUACCUACCUGCCCUAUACUCUUUUUAUCAUCCAAUGUCCAUUCUUAAAUCCUCCCUUCUUCUGGUUCUCUGUCCCAGGUGUGUGGUACUCCAGAGUACAUAGCCCCAGAGGUGAUCCUGAGGCAGGGCUAUGGGAAGCCGGUGGACUGGUGGGCUAUGGGAAUCAUCCUCUAUGAGUUCCUGGUGGGCUGCGUGCCUUUCUUCGGGGACACGCCCGAACAGCUCUUCGGACAGGUGGUCAAUGGUGAGAGUCAUCUCAAAUCAAAUCAAAUCAAAUUUUAUUGGUCACAUGCGCCGAAUACAACAGGUGCAGACAUUACAGUGAAAUGCUUACUUACAGCCCUUAACCAACAGUGCAUUUAUUUUAAACAAAAAAAGUAGAAUAAAACAACAACAAAAAAAGUGUUGAGAAAAAAAGAGCAGAAGUAAAAUAAAGUGACAGUAGGGAGGCUAUAUAUACAGUAAAAUAAAGUGACAGUAGGGAGGCUAUAUAUACAGGGGGGUACCGUUGCAUAGUCAAUGUGCGGGGGCACCGGCUAGUUGAGGUAGUUGAGGUUUACCAUCUAAUGAAUGGGUAGCGUUAACCUGGUUAAAUUAGAGUGAAUGCUAUUUUUUACAAUUGUUUUAAUUAUUCACUUUGGUUUAUCCACGCUUGGGUAACGUGGCUCUGACUGGUCAAAUAGAUCCAAUAAAUAUGCACUACAGCGUUAGAAAAGAUAGAGGGUGCACCUCUUAUAUUUUGCCAUUGAUUGCCACUGUUGCAUGGUGCAUGCUGUCAGUCUUUUUGAACCAAGCACACCGUCUUUCAAACGUCUAGUCACCAAUGUCAAGAAUAACUUCUCGUCACCAAUGUCACAGUUCCCAACUACCAGUCUGUUUGAAUGAUUGCCAAAUGUUUCAUGUUGUAUUGUGUGUAAUUCAGAUGAAAUUGUAUUCCAAAAUGUGUGUAUUUCACAGAUGACAUUAUCUGGCCUAAAGGGGAAGACACCCUGCCUGCUGAUGCCCAGGACCUGAUCACCAGGCUGCUGAGACAAAGCCCCCUAGACCGCCUCGGGACUGGUGGGUGGCUUCUUUAUUGCCUUAAUAAAAACACAUGUAUUUAUUUAUUUUGGGUAUGAUGUCAGGACAGUAUUAUGUUAGGACACUUUUGAAGUAUCUGAGUAUCUGAUUGAACAAGUCACUUCUUGAAUACUUUUUUGACACCUUUGAAGAAGUUGUCACAAGAUCGUUAGGGACAUGACCAAUAUCAUUACCACAGAUCAAUAAAUACACACAAUACUAUAUUCUUCACUGAAAUGGUUCAAUGUCAUAAUAGUUGUUUUAAUCACCAAGAUGGUUUAAUGAGAUUGAUCAAAUAUGCACCACCUAAAGUGAUGUGUGUUUGACUACACUGAGUAUAUUAAUCAUAAAGAACACCUGCUCUAUUCAUGACAUAGACUGAUCAGGUGAAUCCAGGUGAAGGCUAUGAUCCCUUAUUGAUGUCACUUGUUAAAUCCACUUAAUUGAAGUGCCUUUUAAUGGGGUAUGGUAGUAGGUGCCAGCCGCACCGGUUUGAGUGUGUCAAGAACUGCAACGCUGCUGGGUUUUUCACGCUCAACAGUUUCCCAUGUGUAUUAAGAAUGGUCCACCACCCAAAGGACAUCCAGCCAACUUGACACGACUGUGGGAAACAUUGGAGUCAACAUGGGCCAGCAUCCCUGUGGAACGCUUUUGAUACCUUGUAGAGUCCAUGCCCCGACGAAUUGAGGCUGUUCUGAGGGCAAAAGAGGAGGGUGCAACUGAAUAUUAGGAAGGUGUUCCUAAUGUUUGGUAUAUUCAGUUGAUCAUAUAGAUGAAUAGUUUGAUCAAAUAAAUGAUACAAUCAUGUAUCCCCAUGUUAUUCCCAGGGGGAACACCAGAGGUCAAGAUGCACAUGUUCUUUGUGGGUCUGGACUGGAACGGACUGUUACGACAGAAAGCUGAGUUUAUCCCCCAACUGGAGACUGAGGACGACACCAGCUACUUUGACAGUAGGUGGCGACCUUUACCACUCUCAUUGGGAGUAUUUUAAAUGUGGUUGUGUACUGAAGUUGGUCCUAACCUCAGAUCUAGGGUCAGAAUUCCUUACCCGCCAGCCAAAUCUUAAUCAUAUGGGGGUGAUAAAAUAUCUGACCCAGGGUCAGGGGUUAGGGCCAAUUUAACCUAAUCUGUGUAGUAGUAUACUGCUGCUCUGUUCUUGACUUGUACUUAGGGUAUAUUACUGGUACCUUUCGAAGUUUACCAGUAAACUACUGGAAUAUUUAGAAAUGUUAUGGAAUUUUCAUAACAUAAUAAAAUAUAUAAAUUAAGAUUUUAAAUAAUAAAAUAUGAUGAUUUUAAAAUAGAAUGACUAAGCUGUAAAACAGUACCCUAAAUAUAACCCAUCAAUUUAGUGAAUAUCGUUUGUGUUUAAUAUGAGUUUCAGCAUUAAAUAUCCUUUUAUAUUUUUUACACGCUUUUGUUUAUUUUACUAUGUCAAUAUGUCUGUUGUAAAUGCUUUGGCGCCAAACUGGUGGCAGUUGUGAAAAAAGUCAAUUGUUGGAAGAGUUGCAGAGUUAAUUGAAAAUGUCAUCGUUUUUAAUUUAGGCUAUUUUCUCUUGAACCAUAGGGUAUAUCAUCUUGAAACUCAUGGACAAUAUGGACACAGAUGAAGAUUUAUUUUCUAUUUUCUAUUAAUAAUAAUGGGGCGGCAGGUAGUUUAGUGGUUAAGAGCGUUGUGCCAGUAACCGAAAGGUCGCUGGUUCUAAUCCCCGAGCCGACUAGGUGAAAAAUCUGUCGAUGUGCCCUUGAGCAAGGCACUUAACCCUAAUUGCUCCUGUAAGUCGCUCUGGAUAAGAGCGUCUGCUAAAUGACGUAAAUGUAAUAAAUGUAAAUGUAAUACAUUUAAAAAAGUUAUUCAAGUAUAAAUUACCAAAAUUACCAUAGAUUGCCAUAGAGUACCUGUUAAUUACCAAAGUAAAAAAAAAAAUCUGGUAACUUUUUUGUUAAUUACCGGUAGUUUUGCAACCCUACUUGUACUAAUGUGUGUCUGUGUUACUUUUCAGCCCGGUCUGAGCGGUACAGCCACCUGGAUUCUGAAGAUGAUGAUGAUGAUGAUGAUGAGACCUGUGACGAAGAUACGUCCCUGGAGCUCAAGCAGUUCUCCUCUGUGGCACAUCGCUUUAGCAAGGUGGGAAAUGACCCAACAUUUAUUCAUAUCGUUCAAUGUAGUAUUUUCCUAACAUACACUCAGUGGCCAGUUUAUUAGGCACACCCAUCUAGUACCGGGUCGGACCAUUUGCCUCCAGAACAACCUGAAUUCUUCGGGGCAUGGUGUUCAAUCGUUGCUCAAAUGGUAUCAAGGGACACAUCCUGCCAGGAAAACAUUCCCCACACCAGUACACCACCGCCACAAGCCUGUACCAUUGACACCAGGCAGGAUGGACUCAUGCUGCUUGCUCCAAAUCCUGACUGCCAUCAGCAUGACGCAACAGGAACCGUCAAAUUUUUUUCCACUCCUCAAUUGUCCAGUGUUGGUGAUGGCGUGCCUACUGGAGCAGCUUCUUCUUGUUUUUAGCUGAUAGGAGUGGAACCCAGUGUGGUCAGCUGCAACAGCCCAUCCGUGACGAAGAAUCAACGAGUUGUGCGUUCCGAGAUGCUGUUCUGCACACCGCUGUUGUACUGCGCCGUUAUUUGUCUGUUUGUUGCACCAUUCUCUGUAAACCCUAGACACUGUCGUGCGUGAAAUUCCCUGUUCUAUGUGCGCUAUUUCUAUCUUUUCCGUUCUUAAGUUUUGAUUUUGCGUCUUUUACUUUCGGAUUUGUACACCAGCUUCUAACUGAAAAUACAAUAUUUUUGGUCAUUGAAAGGAUAUUUCAUAGCGAUUUAGAUGGUACAAUGAUUCUCUACAUCAGGGUUCUCCAACCCUGCUCCUGGAGCGCUACCCUCCUGUAGGUUUUCGCUCCAACCCCAGUUGUAACUAACCUGGUUCAGUUUAUCAACCAGCUAAUUAUUAGAAUCCGGUGUGCCAGAUUAGGGUUGGAGUGAAAACCUACAGGACGGUAGCUCUCCAGGAACAGGGUUAGAGAGCUUGUUUUGUCAAAUAAACUGAAAUUAGACUAACUAUAAUCAUUUUAGCAAGCAGGAAAUACCGGAGCGAUUUCUGCAUAUUGCACCCUUAAAAAGCAUGCUUGUCAUUUCACAAAGCUUUUUUGUGACCUUUUCUCUGACCCCUGACUUCGUUGAGACCUUUCUCUGACCUCUUUGUGCCCCCCAGGUGUAUAGCAGCACAGAGCACCUGUCCACAUCCACGCCAUCCAAUCAGAGCCUGUCGUCGUCGGACCGCAGCCACAGUGAGGAGAAGGAGGAGAGGUGGGAGGGGAGGGGUGUCCUCUCCCCAGGAGAGGGACACAAACAUGUGACCAGUGGGGACCGGAGGACGGAGGGCCACAGAGGAAGGUGAGAGACAGAGAAAGGGCCUCAGACUACACUAUGUUUGGUGUGUACUUGUGGGACUAGUCUAGCUCUAGUGGAAACAUCGACAAAAUUAAUUAAACUCUGCUACAUUUGCCUUUUAUACACUUAGAAAAAAGGGUUCCAAAAUGGUUCUUCGGCUGUCCCCAUAGGAGAACCCUUUUUGGUUCCAGGUAAAACUCUUUGGGUUCCAUGUAGAACCCUUUCCACAGAGGGUUCUACAUGGAACCCAAAAGGGUUCUACCUGGAACUAAAAACGAUUCUACCUGGAACCAAAAGGGUUCUACCUGGAACCAAAAAUGGUUCUUCAAAGGGUUCUCCUAUGGGGAUAGCCGAAGAACCCUUUUAGAUUCUAGAUAGCACCUUUUUUACUAAGAGUGUAUGGGUAUAAGGGAGAAAUCACACUCAAAUCCAACUAUUGAAAACAUGCACACAUUUUAAAGUUAAAUAUGAAUUAGCGGGUAGAAAGAGUCGUUCUUCCAUUCAUUGUAGCAUAACCAGAUCACAAUUACCCUGUCUCUGUAAGUGUGUCUUGUCUUGUCCUGUCCUUGUUAACUUGAUUAUGUUCUCCUCCCCUCUUGUCCACUAGCCUGCGUCCCAGGGCCUCCUCCAGUUUGUCCCAGUCAGAGAGGAGUGCCAGUCCGCUGGUGAUGAACAGCACCCAGAGCCUGGACACCAUGCCACGCUUCGCCAUCGCAGCUGAGGAAGAGGGUGAGUUUAGACUGCACUGGUUCACACACACAAAUAUUUUUAGGCCUACACACACAGACACACUGUCAUAUACGUCAAGUAAACACCCACAAAGAUAUUGUGUGUAUAUAUACACACACAGGCUAUUUGUACUGGGCUUACAUUACUAAAAGAGAAGAAUGCCCACGCUCUAGCGUGCACUGUUAGACAUUCACUUACCACCCGCCCCCUCUCUCUCCCUCUUUCACUCCUCUAUCAGAUGGCGUAGUGUCCAACUUGCGGCGUAUCCGUCUUCGUAGUAACAGCACAGGCACGCGGCCCUCCUACAGGCGAGGGGCGUCCCGCCGCAUCGGGCACCAGCUGGACACCCCAGAGAAGCUCAGGCCCCCGGCGGGCUGCAAGGUCCCCAAGUCAGCCUCCAUCUCGGGCCUGUCCCUUAUCAUCACCCCAGGUAAAUUAAACUACCGGAGCUAGCUAGCUUGUACCAGUAUACUCAGACGUUAAGAGAGGUCAGUUUCAAACUGUACCCUAUUCCCGGUAACAUACAUCGCUUCAUAGAACAUACAUUUCUAUGGAUUGUUUUUGGCCAGAGCUAUGGCUAAAAGCUGUAUUUUAUAUGGGCCAAGCAUUUGAGAUGCAGCCACUGACUCUAACACAUAUUCAGAGGUUAGCAUAAUGCUAACAACAACAACACCACUGUAUUGUGUAUGUAGCCUACAAUGCCCUGUAGCCUCUAUGAUUGAUAUGCUUGUUCCGACUUAUACUUUGUUAAAUUCCCCAAGAAAUUCCUCAGUCCUAACAUGUGUUCUCUCUCCAUACCCCCAGACACCACGGACGGUCUCCCCAGCAGCCCCAAGUCAUCGCUGUCCCUAUCCUCCAACCCCUCGUCCCGGGACUCGUCCCCCAGCCGGGGAGACCUGUCCCUCAGCAUCACCAGCCUUCGCCCCCCCAUGGUCAUCCACAGCUCUGGGAAGAGGUUCGGUUUCGCCCUGCGCGCCAUCCGCGUCUACAUGGGUGACUUGGACGUCUACACCGUGCACCACAUGGUCUGGGUAAGUGUUCCUACCACAGAAUUAAAUAGAUCACUAGACAACAUGACUACAGGAUGGCCAUCUUGGUCAGGGACAUUUUUAUGGCACAGGCCACUCAAGUAUGCAUCUCUAUGGUUCCUAGUACUGCUGCAGUCACGCUUUACACUUAACGUAUUGGGACUUGGUUUUAUUGUCUGGUUGAUCUAUCUGUGAUUGGUUUGUGUUGUUUAGUUAUUUCAUUAUGUGUCAUAGUUGUUUAUAACAACAAAUACCAAAUAUCUGGCUGGUUUUAAUCCACAGGGAUUAUUGUUAGUUCGGGUGCCAGUUUGUUAGUUUAUUCUUUAGCCAACAUGUUAUUUCGUCUUGUUGUACAUUUAGUUUCUGAAAGCAUUGAUAAAUGUCAAAGCAGGGUUACAUUCUGAUUGGUUGUUCUUCAUGUGUUCCUGUAGUGUGUGGAGGAGGGCACUCCGGCCCACGAGGUGGGCCUUAGGGCUGGUGACCUCAUCACCCACGUGAACGGGGAGUCGGUCCAGGGGCUGGUGCACACUGGGUGUGAGUGCUUCUCAGGUGAGCCACUGUAGAGGACACACUCAAUCUUUCUCCUAGUAUUGGUCUACUUCUUUUCUCGUAUGUCUGGUUCUGCUGUUCUUCUGUUGUUGUUCUGUCUUCUCUUUUCGUCUCUCUCUCUCUCUCCUCUCCUCUCUCUCUCUCUCCUCUCUCUCUGCCUCAUCCGUCUCUCUAUCUCUCUCUCCCCUUCUCUCUUUCUCUUCGUUCCUCUCUCCCUAUGUCCCUCUCUCUUCCCACCUCCUCUCUCUUCCUUCUCUCUUUCCCCUCUCCUCUCCCCUUGCUCUCCCUCUCUAUCUCUCCUCUCAUCCACUCCCCUCUCUCCACUCCCUUUCUCUCUCCUCUCUCUCUCCACCUCUGUCGUACACCCUCUCUCCUCUCUCUCUUCCUUCAUCUCUCUCCCCCUCUCCUCCCCGUCUACCCCACGUCUCCCUCCCUCUCUUCUCUCUCGUCCCUCCCCUCUCGUCUCUCUCUCACCUCCCCCUCGCUCUCUCUCCCCCCUCUCCUCUCUCUCUCCCCCCUCUCCUCCUCUCUCCCCCCAUCGCUCUCUCUCCCCUCUCUCCUCUCCCCUCGCUCUCUCUCCCCUCCUCUCUCUCUCCCUAUCUUCUCUCUCGCUCCCUCUUCCUCUCUCUCGCCCUCUCCCCCUCUCCGCCUCCUCUCCCCUCCUCUCUCCUCCUCUCCCUUCUCUCCCCCUCUCCUCUCUCUCCCCUCUCUCCUCUCCCUCCAUCUCUCCGCCUCUCUCCCUCUCUCGCCCCUCUCCUCCCGCCUCUCUCUCCCUCUGCUCUCUCUCUCUCAUCCUCUCUCUCGCCCUCGAUCCCCCUUCUCUGCUCCCGCCUCUCCCCCUUUCCUCUCUUCUCCCCUGCUCUUCGCCUCUCUCUCUCUCUCCCCUCCCCCUCGUCUCUCUCUCCCUCUCUCCCCUCUCCCCCUUUCUCUUCUCGCUCCCCAUCUCUCUCUUUCUCCCCCCUUCCCUUUUUCCUACCUUCUGAAAUAAACAGUAUGACUACAUUUUGUCCACAAAAACAAACAAAAAAGAAACAAGGAGGAUAUAGCUCGUUAAUGUUUCAGCACAAGGCCUUUCUCAAGACCAGUCUCCCUAAAAAGAAACCCCAAGAAAUUCUUCAGUCCUUAUAUUGCCCCUGUCCAUAUUAACCCCAUUGCAGUCGUCCCAGUCCUUUUACCUGUGCAAUCCUGUUACAAAUCAGUGAUCACAGUUCUAUAAGCAGGAAAUAUAUAUUCCAUAUGCAUUCUCUAGCCUACAUAUCCUACAUAGAACAUUUGGUGCCCAGUAAACCAAUAGCCGUUCUAUUCACAGAGUGGCAACAAGGUGACGCUGCAGACCACGGCCCUGGAGAACACCUCCAUCAAGGUGGGCCCAGCCAGGAAGACCAGCUACAAGAGCAAGAUGGCUCGACGCAGCAAGAAACACAAGAGGAAGGACGGCCAGGAAGGGUAAGAGUAGAACAUUGCAAGGCUCUCCAUUAUAUGAGGAGCAGUUAUUCCAGUCAUCACUACCAAUGUGUAUCAUCUGCUAUCUGGGUGUCAUGGCAGAUAAGACAAAAAGCCCUCCUCUAUUGGGUGCCGUUUGUACAAACAUAGCCAUGUUUUGCAUUCACAUAAUCAUAUAUCAGAGUAUUAUAAAAAUCAUCUAAUACCCAAUCGGCCUAGUAACCGAUUGCUGAAACCCUGUAUACCCACAGCAUUUACAGUGCAUUCGGGAAGUAUUCAGACCCCUUAACUUGUUCCACAUUAUGUUACGUUACAGCUUUAUUCUAAAAUGUAUUAAAUUGUUUUUUGUUUUUUACUCAUCAAUCUACACACAAUACCCCGUAAUGACAAAGUGAAAACAGGUUUUUAGAUAUUUUUGCACAUCUAAAAAUAAAUAAAAAAACAGAAAUAUCACAUUUACAUAAGCAUUCAGACCCUUUACUCAGUACUUUGUUGAAGCACCUUUGGGAGCGAUUACAGCCUCAAGUCUUCUUGGGUAUGACUCUACAAAGUUGGCACACCUGUAUUUGGGGAGUUUCUCCCGUUCUUCUCUGCGGAUCCUCUCAAGCUCUGUCAGGUUGGAUGGGGAGUGUCGCUGCACAGCUAUUUUCAGGUCUCUCCAGAGAUGUUCGAUCUGGUUCAAGUCCAGGCUCUGGCUGGGCCACUCAAGGACAUUCAGAGACUUGUCCCAAAGCCACACCUGCAUUGUCUUGGCUGUGUGCUUAGGGUUGUGGUCCUGUUGGAAGGUGAACCUUCGCCCCAGUCUGAGGUCCUGAGCGCUCUGGAGCAGGUUUUCAUCAAGGAUCUCUCUGUACUUUGCUCCGUUCAUCUUUCCCUCGAUCUUGGCUAGUCUCCCAGUCCCUGCCGCUGAAAAACAUCCCCACAGCACGAUGCUGCCACCACCAUGAUUCACCAUAGGGAUGGUGCCAGGUUUCCUCCAGACGUGACGCUUGGCAUUUAGGCCAAAGAGUUCAAUCUUGGUUUCAUAAGACCAAAUAAUCUUGUUUCUCGUGGUCUGAGAGUCCUUUUAGGUGGCUUUUGGCAAACUCCAAACGGGCUGUCAUGUGCCUUUUACUGAGGAGUGGCUUCCGUCUAGCCACUCUACCAUAAAGGCCUGAUUGGUGGAGUGCUGCAGAGAUGGUUGUCCUUCUGGAAGAUUCUCCCAUCUCCACAGAGGAACUCUGGAGCUCUGUCAGAGUGACCAUCGGGUUCUUGGUCACCUCCCUGACCAAGGCCCUUCUCCCCCGAUUGCUCAGUUUGGCCGAGCAGCCAGCUCUAGGAAGAGUCUUGGUGGUUCCAAACUUCUUCCAUUUAAGAAUGGAUGGAGGCCACUGUGUUCUUGGGGACCUUCAAUGCUGCAGACAUUUUUUGGUACCCUUCCCCAGAUCUGUGCCUCGACACAAUCCUGUCUCGGAGCUCUACGGACAAUUCCUUCGACCUCAUGGCUUGGUUUUUGCUCUGACAUGCACUGUCAACUGUGGGACCUUAUACAGUGAGGGAAAAAAGUAUUUGAUCCCCUGCUGAUUUUGUAUGUUUGCCCACUGACAAAGACAUGAUCAGUCUAUAAUUUUAAUGGUAGGUUUAUUUGAACAGUGAGAGGCAGAAUAACAACAAAAUAAUCCAGAAAAACGCAUGUCAAAAAUGUUAUGAAUUGAUUUGCAUUUUAAUGAGGGAAAUAAGUAUUUGACCCCUCUGCAAAACAUGACUUAGUACUUGGUGGCAAAACCCUUGUUGGCAAUCACAGAGGUCAGACGUUUCUUGUAGUUGGCCACCAGGUUUGCACACAUCUCGGGGGAUUUUGUUCCACUCCUCUUUGCAGAUCUUCUCCAAGUCAUUAAGGUUUCGAGGCUGACGUUUGGCAACUCGAACCUUCAGCUCCCUCCACAGAUUUUCUAUGGGAUUAAGGUCUGGAGACUGGCUAGGCCACUGCAGGACCUUAAUGUGCUUCUUCUUGAGCCACUCCUUUGUUGCCUUGGCCGUGUGUUUUGGAUCAUUGUCAUGCUGGAAUACCCAUCCACGGCCCAUUUUCAAUGCCCUGGCUGAGAUUUGAUGGUACAUGGCCCUGUCCAUCGUCCCUUUGAUGCGGUGAAGUUGUCCUGUCCCCUUAGCAUGUUUCCACCUCCAUGUUUGACGGUGGGGAUGGUGUUCUUGGGGUCAUAGGCAGCAUUCCUCCUCCACCAAACACGGCGAGUUGAGUUGAUGCCAAAGAGCUCGAUUUUGGUCUCAUCUGACCACAACACUUUUACCUAGUUCUCCUCUGAAUCAUUCAGAUGUUCAUUGGCAAACUUCAGAUGGGCAUGUAUAUGUGCUUUCUUGAGCAGGGGGACCUUGCGGGCGCUGCAGGAUUUCAGUCCUUCACGGCGUAGUGUGUUACCAAUUGUUUUCUUGGUGACUAUGGUCCCAGCUGCCUUGAGAUCAUUGUCAAGAUCCUCCCGUGUAGUUCUGGGCGGAUUCCUCACCGUUCUCAUGAUCAUUGCAACUCCACGAGGUGAGAUCUUGCAUGGAGCCCCAGGCCGAGGAAGAUUGACAGUUCUUUUGUGUUUCUUCCAUUUACAAAUAAUCACACCAACUGUUGUCACCUUCUCACCAAGCUGCUUGGCGAUGGUCUUGUAGCCCAUUCCAGCCUUGUGUAGGUCUACAAUCUUGUCCUUGACAUCCUUGGAGAGCUCUUUGGUCUUGGCCAUGGUGGAGAGUUUGGAAUCUGAUUGAUUGAUUGCUUCUGUGGACAGGUGUCUUUUAUACAGGUAACAAGCUGAGAUUAGGAGCACUCCCUUUAAGAGUGUGCUCCUAAUCUCAGCUCGUUGCCUGUAUAAAAGACACCUGGGAGCCAGAAAUCUUUCUGAUUGAGAGGGGGUCAAAUACUUACUUCCCUCAUUAAAAUGAAAAUCAAUUUAUAAAAUUUUUGACAUGCGUUCUUCUGGAUUUUUUUGUUGUUAUUCUGUUUCUCACUGUUCAAAUAAACCUACCAUUAAAAUUAUAGACUGAUCAUUUCUUUGUCAGUGGGCAAACGUACAAAAUCAGCAGGGGAUCAAAUACUUUUUUCCCUCACUGUAUAGACAGGUGUGUGCCUUUCCAAAUCAUGUCCAAUCAAUUGAAUUUACCACAGGUGGACUCCAAUCAAGUUGUAGAAACAUUUCAAGGAUGAUCAAUGGAAACAUGAUGCACCUGAGCUCAAUUUCAAGUCUCAUAGCAAAGGGUCUGAAUACUUAUGUAAAUAAGGUAUUUCUGUAUUUUAUAUUCAAUGCAUUUGCCUAAAUUUAUAAAAACCUGUUUUCGCUUUGUCAUUAUGCGGUAUUGUGUGUAGAUUGAUUAGGAUUUUUAUUUAUUUAAUCCAUUUUAGAAUAAGGCUGUAACCUAACAAAAUGUGGAUAAUGUCAAGGGGUCAGAAUACUUUCCGAAGGCACUUGAAUCCCAUUUCUCUCCUGUAGUAGACGACGUACCAUCUGGAAGAAGCUGUCCAAGCACACCCCUCCUCCCAUGCAGAGCAGUCGCAGUUUUUCCUCCGGCUUCCAACAUUCAGUCUCCUCCAGUGACAGCCUGUCUGGCUCCCCCACCCAGAGCCUCUCGCCUGGGCCCUCCACACCCUGCCGCUCCCCCGCCCCCGACCAGUCUGGAGGUGAGUUGCUAGCUAGCCUCUUUAUUGGAUCGAAACUGGGCCACCAUUUUGUGUCGUGCAUAAUUUUGUGUUUUUAGGUGGGCAUUUGACAAUGUUUCAACCCUUGUAAUAGGCCAAGCCAAUUUGUAUUUGAGGAAACCUGUGUUAUGCCAAAGCUUUGGAUUUAAUGGCAUAUGUCAUACAGAAGAAAUUCAGGCUAAAGUUUAUUCUAGUUAUUAUCAAACAGUUAUCAGCACUACAAUGAGAAUGUUUUCUUUGUAACUGCAGAAAUCAAAGUCUUAUCUACAUCAUGUUCUCUCUCAGACUCCAACUCCCCCCAGAGCUCCUCUCCCUGCUCCAGCUCUCCCAACUCCCCCGUCCCCCAGGCCCGUCCCAGCUCCCUUCAGGUCCUGGGCCGCUACACCAAGGCAGGUCGCUGCAAGUCCACCAGCAGCAUCCCCCCCUCCCCGCUGGCCUGUAUCCCACCUCCGCAGCCCCUCUCCCCCCAGUGCUCUCCGUCCUCCCUCCCCAGCCUGUCUAAAGGCCUCCACGGCUUCCACGGCAAGACCCUGUCCCCUCCCACCAUAGCCCGCCAUGCUGUGCGCCCCCGCAGCGCCGAGCCGCCCCGCUCGCCCCUCCUCAAGAGGGUGCAGUCGGCCGAGAAGCUCUCAGGGGUGUACCACGGCGACAAAAAAGCCUUUGCCACCCGCCGACACACCAUGGAGAUGCCCCUGUCGGAAGGGGAGGGGCUAGAGGACCUGGAGGAUACCGCCACAGGGUUUGUCUGUGUGGGAGAACAACAUGGCCGCCAGGGCCUGUAUCUGGGCGGUCAGAGAAGCCACAGGGAGUCGGCCAGCAGCGACCACCGCUCCAAGGAGGUGGUGGUGAUGAGGAAACUUGCCCUGUCUGAGAGGAGGGACUCCUUUAAGAAGCAGGAGGCGGUGCAGGAGGUUAGCUUUGACGACCCGGAGGAAAAGGAGGCGCCAAGCCCCGCGAUCCCCGUCAGGCAGCCGCGUUUCAAGGCGUCGUGGAUCAACUCGGCUCAGUCCGACUGGAGCCUGGAGGCGGCGGGGCGAGGAGCACAGGGUACAGCAGCGCAGAAAUCCAAACCAAAGGAGAAGGAGGGUUAUUAGCCUAGCGUUGCUCCAAGAAGGUGAAAGGUCAAGGUAGAGUCUCACUCUAGACUAAGGUUACCUACUUUCUGACCGACUACUGUACAGUACAUGAAGGGCUUGUAUGUUUAUCCGCGAGAAUAUACUCAAGCCUGAGCCAAUCGAGGCAACCGGAGGGAGAGAACAAAAACGAUGCCGUCACACGGUUGAGUUACAGUAUGCAUCAUACCACUCUCAAAACUGUUGAUCCAAAAUUGGUUUACAUCCUUUUUUUGGUUUCCCCUUCCUUCCCCCCUUUGGUUUUAGGUUGUAGCACCUGUAACAUUUUUGUACUUUGUAAAUACCUUUUUUUUUUUUUUUUUUUUAAAUAACCUAUUUAUGACUUUUUUUUAAUGUUCAUUUUAUUUGUUUCGGGCUGAAUAUGACUUAAUGUAUUGGCCCUUAUUUGUGAAAACGUCACAUUUGAUGCAGCCAUUCUGUUGUGUGAAUUGAUAGAGACAUGAGGAAACUUCAAGUUAAUGAACUAAAUUAAGAACAAAGGUUUGGAUGUGGUUUCUAGAUGGAGACAGCAGAUGAAGAAAAUGUUUUCUCCAAUAUCUCUGUUAAAUUGGUUAAAAUUUUAUUAGUAUUCCAAAAGUGGCUGCUGAUUUUGUCUGAUCAAAUUUGGCCUUUCAAACAUACGUUGAAUGUUUAUGUACUUAACGUGUGUCUAAGCCCUUUAAUUCAGUGCCAUUUUUAACACACUAGAACAAUAAUGUGGUAGUAGUAAUUUGUGGUCACUAUCAAGACUGGAUCCAAAAGAAUCAGGGAUAGUGAAAUAGUGCCACCGUGCCAAAGCAUGGAUUACUCAUAAGAACCCUUCUAAAUAAGAGGUACCGUACAUAGGAAGCUUCAGGAAUGAACCCUGCUGCCAUGCCCUGUCAAUCAUCCAGUGAUGUCAUCAAAUGGAUACACUCCACCGAUUCUUCUUUAGUUUAAAUCACAAAAUGAUUGACGGGACACAGAAUAAUUGCUACCUUUUGAUACUAGUGUUAGGGCAUUGCAGGAUCACCAUCUACCUGCUUGUUGACGCAAGCUACCCUACAAUGUAAUCUAGCAGAAGAGUAUAUUUGCACAGGUUAGGCGUUUUCCCUUAACACUGUUCUCAUAAUUUUUCAGAACCCUUGUUUUCCUUUUGCAUUUGAAGAUUUACAUAGUUCAUGUAGGAACGCUCCCUGUGCUGUUUUUAAACCAUGUUAUAUGAAUGAAUGUUUACAUUUUAGGGUCAGAUGUGUACUGUAUGUCAACUUUUUCAAUCUUCACUGUUAAAAGGGGCAAUCGGCAAUUGCUCCAUCCAUUUUUGGACUUAUAAAUUAAUGAUAUGUACCCAUAGAUUCUUGAAGAUUAUAAUUUAUAAAAGAUUCAUGAGCUUAGUUCAACUGUCAUUCCCCAUCAGCACCCAAAAUUAUAAACAUGUUUUACUCCAGUGGUUGUAAAUGUAAACAAACACUGUAAAGCCUCAAAACAUGGUUAGAACUCCAUUUCUCUAGCCCCAUUCCCCAUUCCUCAGCUUUUUACUGAAACAGUGGCGGGGAGUGCACUUAGUUAUUGUUACAACGAAUUACAGGGAUCAGCAGGAUUCCAACAGAAGCCAUGAAGGACAAAGAAAUUGAACUGUGUUUUGUAUAUUUUUAUAUGGAAGCAGUCUUGUUGCAUUGCUGAUACGCCUAUGCUGUUUACAAACACCAUAACUAACCUAAACAGCAGUUGGCAAUGCUUAAAAGGUGGGUGUGUGUGGGUGUGUGUGUGUGUGUGGGGGACAACAGACUUGAUAGAAUGACAGAGGUUUGGUGAAAGAUUUGAAGAUGUAGGCAAUGGUUUGGCUGUCAACGUUGUAUACUGUCAUUGUUUUCUUUUGCAACUAUAGAAUUAACAACCAAAAUUAUUCUACUCGUGGGUAUUUCAAAUACACUGUAAUAUUAGGAUGAACUGUCUGUAUGUCAGGUGAUGUUAGGAACACGUGUUUCACAGUUUGCUGGGGAUAUGGGAAUAUUGAUUGAGUUAAAAUACAAAUAAUAAUUUGUCACCAACUAAUACUUGAACAACUGGAACGAGAUAGGAUAACAGAAGGUCAGAAAUCUAAAACGUAUCUAUUUUAUUUAUAUACUUCAUUAGAACUUGAAACAAAUAAGUGUGAUUUUUGUGAGGGUAUAAUCAAAUAGGUCAUUCAAUUCCAAAUGGAUUUCCCAGAUCUUGAUGUUGUCAAAGUGUGGUCCCUUUAUUGGAAGUACUGCCUCUUCCUACUACUGUGUCCUCAUGCUAGACAUUUUUCACUGAACUCAAUAACUACUUGUUAUAUUAGUGAAUGUUGUUUUCAUGGUAUUGCUUGCUAGAGACUUUGUCUGAUUCUUACAGCAUGGAGAAGGAGACUUCGAUUGCAAAUAUAUGACCCAUUCUGCACUUCUACACUGUUUAAUGUAACACAAGAAAAAAUACACUGGUUCUGAAUGCACCCAAAUUAGUGUGUAUUUUUACAUAACUGAAAUGUAUUCAUUUAGUGGUCUUUGAUUCAACUUCAAUAAUAAACAGAGCGAAAGCCUGAGGUGGACGAAGAAUAUAACCAACUGAUUACAACUACCUUCUCAUAUUUUUCCUGAUGUAUGAUAAAUGUGGAUAUCUGUAAUGGUCAGUUGGAAUCCAUAAACAUCAUUCAUGUUUGUUUCGUUGUCUUACCUUGGUGACCCUCAAACUACUUCAUUGUAUAUUUCCCAAACUGGUUUCUGGUGAAAGUUGGUGUGAAAUCCAUUUUCUCUCAAUUGUCUAACAGUGUUUGAAAUAAAUUAAUGGCAGAAG